GGAGGGCCGUGUUUCUCGCUUCGGUCUCGGGGAGGAGAGGGGCGGCGUGGGACGGGGGAGAGGCGAUAUAGGAGGCUCGGCUGUAGCUAGCUUGAGCCAUGGACGCCUGGGACCCGGACUCCAGCCAAGGACCUUUCGGCCUGGGAGAACCCAGGGAUCCCGCCUCUACUGGGCACAGCUCCCCGAGGGCCAGUGCCUGGGCCUCUGAGGGUGCUGGGGACUCUGGACUGGCCCAGGAUAUGUCGGAGGCUUUCACUGUUGCCCAGGUACAGAUCCGAAAGCAGAAUGCUAUCACUGAGAGAGAAAGAAGGAAACGAAUCUCUGUAAGUUGUGAGCGGCUCCGAAUCCUGCUGCCCAAGUUUGAAGGUCGUCGAGAGGACAUGGCCUCUAUCCUGGAGAUGGCUGUUCAGUAUCUAAAGCUUGCUCGGACUCUUGUGCCCACAGAAGAACAGAGUACCAUUCUUGCUCCCUCGGAGGAGGUAUGUCAGAAGUGGCAGAAGAAUGUGUUGAUUCCAAAUACCAGAAAGCAGAUUUCAGAGACGAGAACCUUUGAUACAACCAGACAGCUCUUGCUGUGUGCAGUGGAGGAGGAAUUGGAAAUGAUUGGAUCAUUUCUACAGGCUGUAAUACAAAGGGGAUUACCAGGUUGCCCGGCCACUCCUGUGGAAACUAGUAAACCAGCACUGACGUUGGGUGAGCCUGUGGAUAAAGCCUUGGAAGGCACAUAUUCUGUCUUUGAAAAAGGCCUUUCAGAUUCAACCCUGCUGCCUCAGGAUCUGAGUCUCUCUGAUAUUCCUGUGCGCUCCUGUGGAACAAAUCCUUCUCUGCCAUGGCCUUUGCUCUUGCCACCAGCCUUUCCUCUAGAGACCUCAACAGGAGGGAAAUGGGCAAGUCUGGCAGGGCCUUGUCCUGGGGAAGCCGUGUCUCAAGAACAGCUACUGAAGAGCACACAUGAGCCUUCUGAUGCCCUGAUGGAUACCAGAUCAGUGUCAGAAUCUGAAGUAGAAGAUGAGAUGCCUUUUCUGCUGGGUGCUCACACUGACCGAUGGCUUGGAGAGCAAGGGUCCAAGGAUGCCAAAGGCAGUGGAACCCAAACCUGUUCCAUGACGACCCCACUCAUGAUGGAUGCCAAGACUGGUUCCCAAGAUGAGCUCCUUGCCAAAUCAGAGCUUGAGUUCCUGCCAGAACCAGAGUCCUGCCUCCCAGAGUCUCAGAGAAGCAUGUUGGACCAUUUGGAAUUUGAUUCAACAUCUGUGGCCCUAACUCCCCAGGAAGAAGUAGACAGCAUAUUUCCUUAUCUCUUUCCCUAUGAGUUAUGAGCUGUGUAAUUUCUGAGUCUUGAAGGAAUCACUGCUAAGUAGGUUGAGGGUGGGAGGAGACAGAAAAAUAGAGAUUUUGAAGCAGCAGCACAGAAACGAAUAUACAUCUGGGCACUUUAUUUUGGGUUUGGGUUGCAGCUGCAGCCUAAUUUGAGAGAGGGAGGGUGGGCCAUAGGGAGUGAAAACUGAAUAUUAAAGAGAAGAAGCAAUUUUCUUGGAGGAAGCAAAACUUUUGUAACUUUUGCAUAAUUGAUACAAUUCAGUAUGUGGAUCAGAGUGAAAGCUUAAUCAGGCAAUUCUGAUGGAGUUAGAUGAAAGUCAUCUAAUCUUAUUUUGUUCCUGAGAAAGUCUUUUCACCAUUAAAUCCACAAAUAACUCUGAUUCUUGGUCCUCUGGGGGAGGGUCAAUGGUUUUCUUUGUACUGUUUUGUUGGGUAUGUGACCCAGAGAGAGAGUAAGAAUGAUAAAAAAUAACUCCUGCAAAUAGACUUUUCUGGUGGUCUUACUUCUUUUCCUCUCAAUAUUUCUGUGAAGAAAUUGAGGGCAGGGAUUAUU